CAGGGUCGCCUCGAGCGCUGCCACCGCGGCCGCUGGCCCUGUGGCCGAUCUCUUUCGGGCGUCGCAGCUGCCAGCCGAGACGCUGCACCAGAUCACAGAAUUGUGUGGUGCAAAGCGGAUUGGUUAUUUUGGCCUGACACAGUUUUACGUUGCCCUGAGAUUAAUUGCUGCGGCACAGUCUGGCCUCCCUGUACGGAUAGAGAGUAUUAAAUGUGAAUUGCCUCUGCCUCGCUUUAUGAUGUCAAAGAACGAUGGUGAGAUGCGAUUUGGGAAUCCACCUGAACUGCAUGGGAGUAAGGUUCAGAUUCCAUAUUUAACCACAGAAAAAAAUUCCUUCAAAAGAAUGGACGACGAGGAAAAACAGCAGGAAACACAGUCGCCCACGAUGUCACCCCUCGCCUCCCCUCCUUCUUCCCCGCCUCAUUACCAGAGGGUGCCCUUGAGCCAUGGCUACAGCAAACUGCGGAGCAGCACAGAACAGAUGCAUCCAGCUCCUUAUGAAGGUAGACAGCCCCUUGUUCAGCCUGAGGGAUCCUCGUCUGGAGUUUCAGGAGCCAAACCCCUUCGGCAUCAGGCUUCCCUUAUCCGGUCCUUUUCAGUGGAGAGAGAACUGCAGGAUAACAGCAGCAAUUACCCGGAUGAGCCCUGGAGGAUAACUGAAGAGCAGCGGGAAUACUACAUCAAUCAGUUUCGAUCCCUUCAACCAGACCCCAGUUCCUUCAUUUCAGGUUCUGUGGCCAAGAACUUCUUCACCAAGUCAAAGCUUUCCAUUCCAGAACUCUCUUAUAUAUGGGAACUUAGUGAUGCUGACUGUGACGGAGCUCUGACCCUACCUGAGUUCUGUGCUGCAUUUCAUCUCAUUGUGGCCCGGAAGAACGGCUACCCACUGCCUGAGGGCCUGCCUCCAACUCUGCAGCCAGAAUAUCUGCAAGCAGCUUUUCCUAAGCCCAAGUGGGAGUGUGCAUUAUUUGAUUCGUACUCUGAGUCAAUGCCGACAAACCAACAAGCCCGUGACCUGAAUCGGAUGGAGAAGACAUCUGUUAAAGACAUGGCUGAUUUUCCUGCCCCUACCCAGGAUGUGACUGGUGAUGACAAACAAGCUUUGAAAAGUAGUCUCAAUGAAGCCUUACCAAAGGAUGCGCCUGAGGAUCCAGCAGCUCCUAAGGAUUCCAACAGUCUCAAAGCAAGACCAAGAUCCAGAUCUUACUCUAGCACCUCCAUAGAAGAGGCUAUGAAAAGGGGUGAGGACCCUCCCACCCCGCCACCACGGCCACAGAAAACCCAUUCCAGAGCCUCCUCCUUGGAUCUGAAUAAAGUCUUCCAGCCCAGUGUGCCAGCUACUAAGUCAGGACUGUUACCUCCACCACCUGCACUUCCUCCGAGACCUUGCCCGUCACAGUCUGAACAAGUGUCAGAGGCUGAAUUGCCCCCACAGCUGAACAGGGCCCCUUCCCAGGCUGCAGAAAGUAGUCCACCCAAGAAGGAUGUAUCAUAUUCCCAGCCCCCAUCAAAGCCCAUUCGUAGAAAAUUGAGACCUGAAAAUCAAUCUACAGAAAGCCAAGAGCCUUCUACUGCUGUUGGUGGGCCCGCUUCUGGAGCCACUGUGAAACCCCAUCCAACAGUUCAGAAACAGUCUUCCAAACAGAAGAAGGCCAUCCAAACUGCUAUCCGCAAAAAUAAAGAGGCAAAUGCAGUGCUGGCCCGAUUGAAUAGUGAACUGCAACAGCAGCUUAAGGAGGUUCAUCAAGAACGGAUUGCACUGGAAAACCAACUGGAACAACUUCGUCCAGUCACUGUGUUGUGAGCCCCAAGGUUCAAGUGACAGUGCGUGACCUUGUCUGCCAAGAUCUUUCUUUUGAAUGUUUGAGCCAAACUACUUGUCACAGAUGUUUGACUAUGUCAAAAGCUGUGAGCAGCAGAGUAUAAUCUAUACAACCUCUUCUCUUGCAGUUCACUUGUAUAUUUUAUUGUGGUGGGAAAAAAUACUUCAACUGAUUAUCACACUUGAAAUUAUAAUUAUCAACAGAAUUUAUUUCCCAUUCUUAAGUACUUCCACAAGGUAUUAGAAGCUGCUCCUUACCAAAAAUCAUUCUUCUAGCAAAUAAUUUAGAGCAUUAUUUAUUUAAAGAAUUUACCGUUUGUACAAAACCUUAUAACCAAGUACAUUCAGGAUGCUUGUUUUAUUUUUGUAUGUAUGUCACAUACAAUAGGUUGGUUUCUUGAAUAAUUGGGAUUCCAACUGGAUAGUCUUUGGCAUGAUGAUAAUAAAAACAAAAGGUAAAAUAAAGCAAAAGCAUCAGAUUUAGACUGGCACUGUGCCCUCCACCACUAUAUGCCAAAAAUUGCUUCUUUAGUGCCAUUUUGAUGUUAUAUCUUGCUAUAAAUAAUACACGACUAUCAUUUUCUGUUGAAUGUCAAAAGACUUAUUGGUUCUUUCCACCCUAUGAAGUAGAGAUUUUGGCAGUGAGUUAUUUAACUUGGCCAAUCUAGGCCAUCAACCCAGAUAACUCAGUCCUUUCAUGUACACUUUUGGGCAAAAACAAUUUACUUUAACUGCCUUGCCUGAUCAAAUUAAAUAAAUAGUUGCCAGAUCUCUACUUUUAUCCUGCAUGGGAUAGCAUAUCUAUAAAGUGCAUGAGUUUGGAAACCACCCAUCAAAUAUGAAAAGCUGGAUUAAUAAACAUUUGUUAUUUGAACCCAGGCAUCCAGACUGGGGAGGAAAGGGAAAGGGUUACUAACAAUCCAGUAAUCUCUGGUGGGUGUUUUUCCUUUGUCUUAACCUGGAUUGAAAAUGGCUUGGGUAUAAAGAAAUAAUGAAAGAAAGUGGUGCUCACACUGAACAUAAGACUUUUGUUCUGUGUGAAGUGUGCCCUUUAGAAGAAGUAAUUGGUGUAUAUACAGUUCAGAGGAGUUCAGCUGACUCUUGUACAGGUUGUGUAAAACAAGCUCACAUUGCAGAAGGCAGUAGCACGUAAAUCUUUGUAACACGUAAUCUUUCGGUAGCUACUGCUUCACCUGAACCCCCAAGCUGAAAGUGGGGAUUGACCAACCCACAGGGUUGCAGAUUCACUGAUACUCAUAAGGACAUGCCAACUUUAACAUUGCUUCGAGAGAUUUAGACUAGGAAUCCUAUCUUUUACGCAUUUGCUAAUGUACCCAUUCUUUGGAUAAUGGGAUGGGGUGUGCCCAGGGUCCUUUUUUAAAUGGUUUUGGAUAGGUUUGAAACACAUAGGAUUGAGCUGCUGGACUCAGUAGAGCUGAGAGCUGUUAGGAAAAGUAGGCAUUCAUUUAAUGUUUCCUCAUUCUACUGGCAAACUUUCUUAGGAGCUUAACAGCAGCAGAGAAAGGCUCAAACAGAUGAUGUCUGCCCAGAGAAAAACAAAUUGUUGAAUCUAUUCCAUGCAUAUUUAAGUAUUUUGAAUUAAUUUGAUUUUGAAAGUCAUGAAACUUGAACUAUUUCUCUAUUUCCCUUUUCCUCCCUCUGCCUGCCUUUUUUAUUCUUGUGAGGAAGGGUUGGGAAUUUGUUUAAAACUCCUCCUAAGAUUAUGAAUGGGUAGUCUGCAAAUUUUUAGGUAACUUUUUUCCUAUAUGUUGAAAUUUGGGGACUGCAACAAAUUUUAUCAACAAAUGUUAUCAGUGUUCUUAUUGCAGAUGUUUCAUGGCAUGUUUGGCUUUUGGUGCAUUCCAUCCAGGAAGGACUAGCGUAUGCACUUUAUCUCGUCAUCGUCCAGUACAUAUGCACUCACUCGAGAUAGCACUUCAUAUCCACCAGCCAGACAUAUAAACGAAGGAAUGUUAGUCUAAACUAUGCAUUUAAAAAAUACUGACAUUCUGUCUUCCCCCAUGAAGUCAUUGACGAAAAGAGCCAAAUAAGGAGGCUGGGAUUUUGUUUAGUUGGCUUGGUUUUCAUUAAGGGAAAAAACUUGCACUGGACAAUCAAAGCCCUCCAAGUUUGUAGUCUUUCUUGUAUAUAUGCUGGGAUCAACCCCAGAGCUUCAUGCGUGCUAGGCAAGCGCUCCACCACUGAGCCACAUUCUCAGCCCAACAGCAGUAUUUUAAGAUAGGCAUUGCAUUAAAGCACACACCAGUAAUACAUACACCCAGCCUUCUUAUGUGGACUUAAUUUUGUCCACAGCUUAUUAGUUGCUUAGAAGUGGAUGUUUUUAAAAAAAGAAUUAAAUAUUUGUAUGUAUAUAUACAUGCAGACAUAGAUAUACUACUCUUGUUGUUAUCUAACUAGUGCUCAUCCUCAAUUUCUCUGUUUUCUUAGAAUAUGUACUUUUAAUUUAGGGUUAUAAUGUCUGAUAAUAUUUCAUGAGCCUUUAAUGUGAUUUAUAGUAAGGCUGAAUUAUUGAAAUCACCAUUACACCUCUCUAAUAAAACUGCUCCAUAAUUAGACUUGCUUUUUAGCACAAUUCUACAAAUGGAAGGUUAAUAUUGUCCCCAUUCAUGGGGAUUUAAUUACCUUGUUCAUUGCUCUCCUCCUAUAAGGACCCUCUGGUCACAUAGACAGAAGCAUAGCAGAAGCCAAUAGUGGGCAUAUUGGGUCCGUCACCACCCUUGUAUGUGGUAUAUUGCUUUUGCCACCUCUUUGAAAGACAUGAAGCAAGAUCAAGUAGUAGACAUCUGGAAUGGAUGUGUAUGCUGUAUUUAGGGCAGAAGGAUCUAACAACAUUAAAGAUAUUAGACAAGUGCUUGGGCCUAAUACAGAGAGGAUUCAGCUUAGCUGGAAGCCGUGCCUAUCUUCUUGUCAAUGAAGGACAGGAUGUUGGGGCUGGGCAGGACUGGUGCCUGUCUCCUGUAGUUCGUAUGUGACGAAACCAAGGCUGUAAGAAUCAGCAGUUCUUGGCUAAAGAAUCUAUAGAAAGAGGUAGCUAAUGAUAGAGUUAGGUUACCAGCCUGAGUUUAUGGUUCUAAGUUGGAUCCUCUAUCCUCUGUCAACACUAAAAUUAGAUUAGAAGGUUUUCUUUCUGUUUACCUUGUUGAAAUUUAUUGAUUUAACCAAUUAGUCUUUAAAUAUAAAAACAUAUUUUAAGCUUUAGAUCUAGAAACUUCUCUUGGUUUGAACAGUAAGAUCUGAAGAGAAAGAAUAUUAUUGAACUAUUUGUUCUUCUGAACACCUCACCUUUCAUGAUGCAAUAAGUUAUUCUGAAUUUCUUGGCAGAACUUUUGACAGCUGUUGCUUUGAAUGGAUUCCAUUCCCAUAUUCCUUGUGGGAGUUUGUUUUUAAAAUAGACUACUGUGAUUGAAAUGAACUCAAUAUGUAAGUUAUAGUUUUCUUAAAUAUAUCUUUGGUUACUUGGGUCGCAAAUGUUCAAUUUCAGCAUAUUUUAGAGUAAUCAAAAACAUGGAUUUUUCUUUGAUUUCCUACCAAUGUCUGAACUAUCAUAAAACAUUUUUCUCCUUGUAUGUGAUUCUACAGUCUGUUUCUAAAUGUUUGUUUCUUAAACGAUCUCAUAGCCAUGGUAAUGAUAGAUGUGCAAUUAAAGGUCAAUAAGGCUAUAUUUGGAAUAGAUAUGUUUUUUGCAAUUAAGAUAGACAUUUGCAAAUGUCUUCUUCUAAGCAGUAGUUGGAAAGAUCUCAAUUACAGUAUUAACACCUUUGAGCUAACAACAUUUGUUCAACACAAACUAGAAUCACACCUUCUGACUCGAUAUCAUCAAGGGAAUGUGAUUUUAAAAAUAUAAAAACAAGAAUUUAACAUCUCAUAGCAAGAAGCUCUUCCCAUAUUAUUGACAAGUAGGCUCAUUAGGUUGUGGUUUAUACAUUAUUAAUGUGAACAAAAUGAUAUUGCAGUUUAGAGGUCAUUUCCCCUCUUGUCAAACAGAACACCAAUAGCUUCAGUUUCUCUGUUUGACUGGUUUACUGUUUCUAGUGUGUUCUUUUAAAACUGAUUUCAAAGGAUCAGUUGAAUUUAGUCAUGGGUGGUUUUUUAUUGUUGUUUUUACAUUUAGUCAUGGGUGUUUUUUUAUUGUUGUUGUUUUUACAUCAUGACUUAAUGUGGUUUAUAUUCCUAGUCAGAAGUGAGGAGGCGGGUUUUGGGAGUGCUCAGUUUGCGUAUCUUGCUUCUCCUUCAGCACAGGCCAAGCACAGGCCACCAGUAUGGCCAGAUCAGUCCCUCAGAGCAAACUGGAAUGACUGUUACUCUGUGGGCCACCUUGCUUUGCUAGUUUUUGAGGAGAAGUGCAUCUAGUUAUGAGAAACUCCCAAGAGCAACCCUGGGAGCAGCAGACAACAGAGGGACAAACUUAAAAGCAAGGGCUGCUGCCCACCUUCCAACCAAACUUUUGAAGAAUGUCUUACAAAUAAGAUCUGAAGAAGCUGCUGUGUUAGUGUGAGCAAGACAGCCCAAGCAUACAGUUGCUUUUAGGCUUGCAGGGUCAUCUUCUAUGUUUACUAACACACAUGAUGGUAAAGGAACCUUGUCCAAGCAGCACUGUAGGGUUUAAAUUGACAGGAUUUGUUCUACUUACAGAAGCCUUGCUUUGCUGUCAAUAAUUGGGGAGUGCUUAUUUUUCAUGUCAUGAAUUCUCCUAUCUUGCUUCAAGCUAAUUUCGUGGUGGUAGAGGUUGGAGAAAGUAGGUUUACAACUUUAAAGACCAGAGGAUAUCAGACUUUAAGAGAGCUUAAAUUGGAAUUUGGUUAACUAUGAUAAGGAAAACUUCAGAUACCAGUUCCAUCCUCCGGCACUGUGCUGAAUAACAGGACUAGGUCACAAGCUCUUUCAGGGUGCUUUGCCCUGAAACAGAACUCAACAACCUCGUUGUAUGCAGGUUGGAUCACCUAAGUUGUGUUAUUUUUGUUUUAAGUCAACUUGUGUGACAGCUUCAACUGCAUACAUCUUGAGAGCCAGGUAUACCCUCUUCUUUAGCACUGCCAUCCUUUUUAUCUUCAGCACAAAUAAGAUAUUUAAGUGAGCCAGAGGCAAAAAGAGCCAUUUUAGUCUUCAUAGCUAUUGGCCAAGAGAGAUAAUGAACUGAUGAUAAUGAACUAUUUUAACCUUGAAAGUAAAAAUGUAUAUUUUUUCACUACAGGUACAUUGAACAGUAAAAAAGCGUAACAGCAAAGUAUAUAUUUGAUGCCUUCUGUCUUUUCAUGAUAUUGUACUAGCAAGUUGUGUUAGUAUUUACUCAGCCAGAGACUCAUUUGUUUGCUAAGCAUUAGGAGCAUUAGGUAUAUUGACCUUAAACAUAAACAAAUCCUUGAGAGUGUCCUAUAUUUGCAUUGUGACUUGUAGACUCAAGCUAACUUUACUGCCUCUUUUUCACAUUUGUUGAAAAAUCUGUGAAGAACAUAGUAAAUUAAGGAUCUCAAACUCCGGACAAUGUACAUGAUGUGAAACUGGGGUGCUAUGUUAAAAAUAAAUGUAAGAUAACUA